AUGGAGGGUGAUUUUAGGUAGGUAACUUAUUGUCGGUAUUUAUGGAUAUGCUAUUUAUGAAUGAUUAUAUACAUUUGACCAAUAUAAAAAGAUUAUACAAUAUAUCUCCUCUAGUGACCUGGACUCUUAUCCCACACGCGGUGUAUAUGGCAGCUUUAGUGAAGAUAAAUGGCAGGCUAGUUAAUGCUAUUUGACUCAUAGAUAUUUUUAAUGGUAAUGAGGACAAUAUUACCUUUCGAGGAUGCUUUAUUAUCUUAAAUGGCCAAUCUUUUCAUUUCCCAUUUAUUGAAUUCGUUAUCUUAAUAACUUAGAAUUUCUGACACAGGAUUUUCCAGUCUAAAGGGGUUCCUAGUAUGGAAUUGUAGUUGGCCACCUUUCUGCACGAUAGAAUACUUCAGAUUUUUCAAUUAACACGCUCAAAAGACUAUAUAUCUAUAGGCAUCUUACAAACAGUAAUUAUAUCUCUGUCUCACUAAAACCUCUCUGCGCUCAAACAAUUUGUUCACGAAACAUGAGGAACGAGCAGGUUCUCUCAGUUGAUAUUAAUGCUGAAGGUGCUGCAGGCGUCAGCAUCUUGGUUGUGGAUUGUGAUUCGGCAUGUCUUGCAAUUGUAUCAAAAAUGCUUUAUAUAUCUGGAUAUAAAGUCAUCACUGCUAAACGGGCCACUGAUGCAUUGCACAUUCUACGGGAGCGACAGUAUGAGCUUGACCUUAUUCUGACAGAAGUGCACUUGCCUGAUAUGGAUAAAUACGAGCUCCUUGAGACAAUGGCAGAAGUUUCCUGCUUGCCAAUUGUGAUUCUUUCAGCUGAUGACGAUGAAAAUGCCAUGUUAGGCUGUCUGUUCAAAGGGGCCGUGUUCUAUCUUCUGAAACCGAUCACCAUGAACGAUGUAAAAAGUCUUUGGCAGUUUUCAUGUGUGAAGAACCGGAAGAACAAUGUGGCUACUGAAGGAUCACAUAGCUAUCAUGGCCACUCAACUCCUGAGAUUGCGUCAAAUGAGGCUUCGGAGUGUUUAUCAGUUUUAGAUACUAGCCAGCAGAAUGCCCAGAAGAGCGAAGGAAAAGAACUACAAGAGAUGGAUAAAGACGAGGAAGCUACGGUCACUUCAACUUUCCCAAAGAAGCCAAAGCUAAUUUGGACUAAUGAGCUGCACGACAGAUUCUUGCAAGCUAUCCGGAUACUAGGCAUUGAUAGUGCUCAUCCGAAGAAAAUACUUAAGCAUAUGAAUGUACCAGGGCUGAGAAAAGAAAAUAUUUCAAGCCACUUGCAGAAAUAUCGUCUUUCCUUGAAGCGGGAACAAGAAGCGAUCCAGAAGACCAUGUACAGAGAUGACCAUUAUCCACCAUGGAAUUUAGAGACGGGAACUUGUGAAUUCCUGAAGGCACAAUUCUUGAUGACAAGAAGUCAACCAGAAUUCAGAAGCUAUGCUGAGAGUCAGCGGAAUCUCCAUGGUUGCUUGACGCCCGUGCCUUCCCUUGGUUCUGCAAAUUAUCAUGUGCAAUUGUCCUCAGAGUGCGAUCAAAUAAAUUCUAACCACAGCAGUUGUAGUCAAGCUGGAAUCAGGAUAAACAAUAAUGAGGAGCUGGAAAGCUUUGAUCAAAUAAGAAUGAAUAAUGUGGAAAAUUUUGGACUUGAAAUUGCAAGUGAUGGUGGUAUAGAUAUUUUGGGAAAUUCCUCACAGCAGCAAGAACAAUAUCUGCUGCCACCACUAUCUCCACUGCCACUGGUAUGGGAGCAACAAGAAGAAGAUGAUGACAUUUUUGGAGCUGACAGAGUAGUAGAAAUAGAUGAGCUAUUAGCAACUUUUUCUAGUGAAAUGUUCUAUGACUAGGUUUAUAAUUAUAUUUUUGUAGGCCCCUAGAAAUGAUGUUUCGGCUGGACAGAAAGAGUUGGUUGCUAGUUGACACUUAGAAGUUGUUGUUAUUAUUUAGUUGACAGAAUGCAUAACUAAACAAGUGAAUUUUAAUCAUUUAAUCGUUUAAGUAAACGUAUGAAUUUUAUUUUUAUAAUUUUUUAAAUAUUUUUA